ACAUGUUGCCAGGGGAAGCAUGCAGAUGCCAGGAUCGUGCUUGACGCGUGCAGCCUGUUCCACAUCUUCCAUGACUUUGGGUGGACAUGUAUCUUCCUUUCCUUGUAUAAUAAGCAUUGGCAGCAGAAUAGGGCGACUUCCAUCAAUACUGACAACAUUCAGAUCAUCAUGGUUUUCCGCAGCUUGUUGGGGGUGAUUGCUGGGAUUAUCGCCAGUUCCUGCCUCGUCCAUUGUGAGAAAUGUUAUAUUGUUGGAAGCCCACUGAAUGCACGGGAGUUUGUGUUGCAUUAUGGUGGGGUGGAACGAGUUCUCAUGUGCGAUGGCUUGGAAGUGUUCAAAGCAGACAGAUGUAACUGUCAAGAAAUCCAUGAUGAAUGCGACAAGCGUCCUCUGAGCCGCGAUGGCACAGUCUUCGAGCAGAGGACAAUGGCAGGGAACUGGGAGACCCUCACCUGCCCUCUCGGUCUGAUAUUCAUCAGGGAAAUAUGCAUUUGUGGCUUCAGUACCAGCAUUCCCAGAGACCAAAGAAACGUUGAAUGUUACAUAGAAGAGACGUCGAACCUGACUGACUUCCGGCUGGUUAUUAACAAGCAGGAGAACGUGCUGACAUGUCCAGACAGUCUCAUCUACAACCCUCAGGACUGCGCUUGUGUUUCGCGACCAAAUCAUUGUGACAAAAGAAGACUUGAUCGGCUUGGGCAUUACUUUGAACAAAAUACAGUUGGCUCUACAUGGGUGAGAAUGAGGUGUGCCCAAGGGUCAUUGUUUAAUUCCGCUACUUGUAAAUGUGAUAUCCCGAUUCACAGGCGCUGAAAGGCGUGGAUGAAGAACUGGUUUCAGUAAUGUGUUCACAAAAUCAACAGGUCGCAGUUAAAUUUGUUGUCGUUUUUGUACAUAAUAAAAUGAAUAAAUGAUAUAAAAACACA